UGUACUCCAGCAGGUUGAGGCAAGUGGCAGAAACCUAACAUCAUAGAAAAAACAGGCCAGUUUAAACAAGUAUGAGGAGGUGAACAGGCGUAAUGUGACACAAAUGACAAUAAAGUUAUUCGAUGAGGUUUAUUUUCAGUGUUUUUUCAGUGGUAACAGGAGAAAUCGACUCUGCUCUGCCUCACUAAACUGCGCUUUUCCUCGAGUUUGUACAAAGGAGUAUCUGUCCGCUGUGCUGCAGGUGGAUAACCGCGCUCAGUUUCAUUUUUGACAAGGUGAGGCGGAAGUAUCGAUGGUUCACGCGUGAGGAGUCAACCUGCUCGAUGUUUCCCGUUUUGCGUCCAUCACCUGAAAACAGCCUGAUCAAGGCUGUUGAGAAAAAUCCACAUAGUGAAUGUUGGACCUGAUGAAAUGGACCCAAGCUGAUGCCCCAAAGUCCCAGUCUGCCCUCACUUGGCUCUGCUGGACACGGGUAGAGAUGGCAGCGUGUCUGGAUGUGCUGGCCAUACCUGGAGUUGUGGUUGGGAGUGUUUUACUGCUGGUGCUGAGCAGUAAUCCUGUGUGGGGGAAUUAUACCACUCUUGGAAGUGACCUCCAUUCUAAUAACACUGCUGGGCCCAACAUUGCAGCUAUCGUGGCCCCUACUGUCAUCCUGGGUGUCCUGGCCAUAGUCUUGGCUGUUCUCGCCUGGCUCCUCUGCGUGGUGAAAAAGAAGAGACAGACUGAAGGGACGUAUAGACCCAGUGCUGAGGAGCAGUCUGGUGUAAGCAGCGUAGCGGCACCAGAUGCACUAAAAUUACCAAAGGAGGAAAGACUCAUUUGACAUUUUGCGCUUUAUGUUGUUACAAACUGCUGUAAGGACACGGGCUGGGAGCAUUUGCGUGGCGGCGUUCCUGCGUGACAAGGCUCUCUCCUUGUGAGCUGAUCAGUGAAAGACACAAACGAUGAAGAAAGACACCUGGAUGCAUGAGUCCAGCAGAUUUUAAGAACAACUCAACAUUUCAAGGAGGCUUUGAACAAUUCCUCUGCACAACUGAAACAAGAACUGCAGUAUUUUAUCACCACUAAUCAUUUUAGUUAAGGUUUUCCUUUCAGUCACCUUAAUAUACCAUUUACCACGCACCCGUACUUUAUUUGAUUCUGUCUAUUAUGAAUUACUGUCACUGGCAAAACUGCUUCCAAUCUUUUACCUCAAACGUUUGCCUUUGACAGUUCUGUCGAUUCCAUUGCAUUUCAAAUUGAGAGAUGUUUUUUAGCCUAAUAAUGAGCAUAAUUAAACAUCGUAUCCCUGUAUGUUAAAAAUGAGGAUAUACUGGGAACAUUUUGUCAAGCAAAUCAAGCAAUUGUUUACACUUUAAGUAUUCCUUAAGUAAUCAAAGUAAUUUAAAGUCACAUCAGAUCAGCCAUGCAUUGCACAGUGCAUCAUAAUCAAGCAGAUGUUUUACGGUAUCACAUGUUUAUUUAUGCUUUUGUCAAAGAAAUAACAUGUUUACUAUAAAAUGUUUGUAAAAUAGUUGAAUAAUUAAACUUUAUAAAGCACCAAAGCUAUUUAAAGCACCA